AUGGGAGUUGAUUCCAUAUCUUUUGAUUAUUUUAUUUUGGAAUUAGCAUCUCUGAUCAAUAAAAGAAUGUUGUUAUCUAGCCUAUUUUUCAUUACCCUAGUUUCAUUUGUUUCUUCUGCUAAAAUCUUUAAAAUUAGUAUUAUUAACCCAGGAAGCCAAUUCCAAGGAAAAAGUAUCGCAUCAACUAAAGAUUUUCAAGUCUAUUUAGAUAUUAAUGGCCAAGAAGGUGAAGAAAUCGAAUUCAAAUUAGAGGAUUCCGGAUUAUUAUAUAAUACCAAGAAUAAUCAUACUUUAACCGUUAAAAAUAAUUAUGUCUACGAAGUUUAUGAUAAUCCUACUGACACCCACUGGAAUUUAGAUUCUGAUGACUUUUUAAUCUAUCAAGGAGAAGAUUUCUAUGCUUGCAAAAGUGAAGAAGACGGGGUUACUUCUUUUAAGUUGGCUACUGAAUGUAACAACGGUACUUCCAUCUCUUUGAAAUCCUCUGACAUCUCCGACAUUAACUAA